AUGAUACCCCCGGCUUUGCAGAGGAAACGAGAGAUCCACGUGGCCAAGGCCAGGCGGAGGCGAGCUCUGAGGUGGGAGCUACCGGUCAGGCUGACCAGCUGCAUCUUCCCGCAGUCGGUGACCAGAGUCAGGUCCCACCCCGGCGACGAGGUCAGGCGCAAGCGAGGGGAGGAGAAUCUGGAGAAGCCCCAGCAACUCUGUGCGUAUGGGAGGCUGCAGGGGCUCCAGGCCUGCGGCAGCGAGGGAGAGCUUUUCAGCCCACUGGACUUCGCAAAUGCCUUGAGAAUCAUCGCGCCAGGAGUUGCAGAUCAGUGCCUGGGCGAGGCUGGCGCUGGGGGUCCGCGCGGCAGCCCCGGGAGUGCCCCUGGCCGGAACGCAGCGCGCACGCAGCGCAGCCAGGGAGCGGGUCUCCACCUCCCGCUGCCCCUGCCCAGCCAGCCGGUGAGGACCGCAGACAUCCGCAGGCAGGAUCGCAGGGUCAAGAGGGCCAGGCGGAGGCUGGCUGAGGCCCUGAGGGCGGACAGGCUGGCCAGGGAGGUCAACUGA